UUUUUUUGCCAGUAGGUUGAAUGUGUUUGAAUAUUAAUAAUACAUAUUACAUAGGCACAGUUCAAAAUUUACCUUCUACUUCUAUCAAAUUCCAAAUUCCCAUCCGUCUCCGUUUCCUACAGAUACAGAGUCCUCAUUUUGGGCAUUAUAGCAAUUAUUCACAGAGCAGCAUCUUCAUCUAUUCAAUCUGAUUCGAACUGGCUUGGUACCGUUUAUUGGAUCUCUAGAAAAUACCAGGAUAGGUCUCAAUCCCAACCCAAUUAGCCAGGAAUAGAUCGGGAUAUAAUGUCUGACCAUAGCACUUACUAUGGGUACUUUACGCCCGGCAUCUAUGACUACCCGGUGACCCACAGUGCCAUAUCCACGCCGAGUGCGUAUAGCUGGGAACCGAUCUUGCCCAGCGGCCCCUCGUCCAAUUGGUGCUCUCUUCCCGUGCAGAAUAAUGUCACCUAUGUAGCUGGACCCUUGGGUGGCGUUAUCAAUUACGUGUCGGAUGUGGAUUCCCACCUGGCUCUGCCCACCCGCCAAAAUGUAAACUCAAGUUUGUUUUAUACAACUCUGCCGCAAUUUCAGGAGGAGGAAGAUGAAGAGGAGGAGAUGACCUCUUAUCGACUCCAGUCUCUUCAAUCGGUUCCGAACUUCCGUCAGAUGCAUGAAGAUCACUUCACCAAUGAUGAGGAGGCUUAUGGGUUUGCUGUUCCACUCAACGGUUUUUGUCUGGCUCUUCCUCCUGGGGAAGAGAAGGAAUCCGAGUCGGAACCGGAUCAGGCAAGUGAGAAGCAGCAGAAAUCCACCGUGGUGAUCACCGAUGUCUCGGAAUCUAAAGCAACGCAGGCUAAGGUAAUCCCAAAGCGAAAGAAGCGAACGCACAAGCGGAUCUAUAAGUCCAAACAGGGUUAUCUUGUUGAGGAACCCACCAGCGAACUAUCGGAUGAGGAAGGAGCUGCUCCAUAGGAAAUACUAGAACAAUUCUAGGAUAUAUGGGAUGAUAUAUGUAAUUGCAUAUAUCCCCAUAUCGAAUUAUUUCUACAUGUCGAGAUGUAUUCAUGCAUAAAGUAGAACUGUUCAAAUUCGAUUUGUCAUUGCAAUUUGAAAGUAAGCCAAAUACAUUUUAUAGAGAUAGUCUUGUA